AUGCUCAACAAUCCAGCUUUGUGGGAACGAGUUGAUCAAGAUACCUAUUUCAAAGUUUUCAAUAUAUUUGCUGUUAUGUUUGUGUGUGCUCAAUUUGUGGCCUUGGUAGAUCGAUACAUAUCACCAGUAAUUGGCUGCAAGAGAGUUAACAAAAAAUCAUGGAGAUUCCAUACAAAAUACUGCUAUUGGUUUCAGAAAGUAGAAUCAAAGGUGAUCACCAAGGAUUGCGAACAGGGGAAGUUUGUCUACUUUAAUCCAGAUGAAUGGGUGAUUAAUGUGAAAAAUGCCAUAACAGUCGUGGUAAUGGCAAAGUUCUGUAGUAACUGGGGUGAUGCGAUUGCCGUAUGCCAAAUAUCGGCUAAAUCAUGA